AUGGACAUCAUUGUCGGCCAUGGUGUUAAACUUGGUCGGCAAGUACAAUUCAUUAGAGAUUUUGCUCAAUUUUCAAAUUGUAAGUGGGUACAAGUGGUUCACACUGCUCCUGAGGACCUAAGCAGAUACAAAUGCUACAGUGACUCCAUUUCAAAAGGUGAAACAAAACACGAAUCAGAAGUUGGGCUUUGCAAACUUGCUGAUCUUAUUGUGCCUGUGGGACCUAGACUAAAAGAAGCAUACUCUUCAUAUUUACAGCGAUAUAAGACAGGUCAAGAUGUUUUGUCCAUUACUCCAGGCCUUUUUGAAAGGGAGUUUGGGGGUUUAGUGGCAAAACAAGACCCUAAUAAGGAUGGUGAAUUUAAAGUGUUGUUAUUUGGUCGUGGAGAUGAUGAGGACUUUGAACUCAAAGGAUACAACAUUGCUGCUCAUGCAUUUACUGAUCAACGGUUGAAUGACAAACCUUAUCAUCUAAUCUUUGUUGGAGCACCUGAAGGAAAGCAAGAAGAAGUUAGAGAAAAACUUCUUCAGCGUGGUAUUGUGGAAGCACAGUUGACUGUUAGAAAAUUUAUACAAAGUAGAGAGAGACUGAAAGAUUUGCUUUGUGAAGCUGACAUUGCCAUAAUGCCGUCAAAAUCAGAGGGAUUUGGUCUCGUCGCACUUGAGGCCUUGUCUGCGGGACUACCCAUUCUUGUAGGCAGAAGGUCAGGAUUUGCCAAAGCAUUAGAGAAUGUUCUUCAUGGUAAUGCAUGCAUCGUGAAUUCAGAUGAUCCUGCAGAAUGGGCAAAAGCAAUAGAAGCUGUUCGUUUAAGGCAUGGUAUGAGGCUUCAAGAGAUUAAAUCACUGAGAGCAUCUUAUGGAGAGAUGUACAGUUGGAAGGAGCAAUGUGAAGCCCUUGUGAACAGAAUGCGGAGAAUGGGUCAUGGUUAGAGUUAUUUGUUAAGUGCUGAUGUAGUAUUCAUGUUGUACCAGACAUCACACUAAUAUAGUUUUUGUGGCACAAUAUAAUAUGCAAAUGUAAGAGUGCAUUACACUCACAAGCACUGAAGGCAUUUUGUUCUUUGAUCACACUGUCAAGUGAACACGCAAGUUCUAUAAGAUUCUCUCUACAAAUUUAGUACACCAACAUAAUCCCGGAAUAUCUAACCAUUUUGUUGAUAGCUUAAUAAAUAUGGCUAAGACAUAUAAAAUAAUGUACCUCAGUCUUUACAAUCCUUACCUAGUAGAUUCAGUUACUUUCCUAAAAAUCAUGCACCUUUAAAUCUUUUACAGUGGUGGGGGGGGGGGGGGGCAUGUAGCCAUGUUUGAAUUUCAGUGUUGUUAUUUUUAAGCUUCCACUGGAUCUAUAGUACUUUAAAAAGUUAUGAUGUUUUUACCAUCAAAUUUACUCUGAAUUCGUUAAUUUUUUCCUCUUAAGCUUAAAUGUUUUGUGCACACCUUUUAAAGUUGUAUUGGAGGUUGUCAAUGCAUGAAAAGAUCUGUAAUGUGUAGAAUUAAAAGGUCUCCACCAUGUUUAAGGGUCACGGCUGCUGUCAGUGUGACCGUCAAAAUUUAUUUUUAGUGUUACAUGGGACGUGGUUUUACAUGAGUGGUUAUGGGUGGUUGAGGUGUGAAUGGGUUACAAAAACGUAUAUACAUUAUUUUGUAAGAGGCUUAUAAUAAAGGCUUGUUCUCACACCAGAUGCUUCUGAUAUACCAAAGGAUGUUUCUGUCACUGAAAAGCAGCCCAUUACAAAAACACGUGCUUCAGCUUCUGGAUUCUUAGGAGGGCAAUGUCCAGUUGAUGAACAGCCUAAAAUUGAGGAUUCAGUCAGAUUAAGUGAAGAAUCUCCGUCAACUUGCCAUACUCCUGGCAUUUCUGGGCUUACUUCUGACCAAGGUAUGGAAUUGAAUUACAUUGACAAGGUGCCAAACUUUUUUUUAGGUGUUUUAGUGGCUUGUUUAAUAAAAUCUUCAGAAUUUUUUGGCCCAUUUAAAAAGUAACUGUUUUUAUUUUCGACUGUCUGCUAUUCACUAUUUUCAGAUAGACCACUCACCUUGUCUACUUCCCAAAAUUUUGCAUAACCAUUGUCUUCAAUUUCUCUUGGGACGAGUGUAAAACCCAGGAGAAAUUAGGGGGUAAACGAGAUGCGUGCAAGAUGUAUGUGAAAAUGGUGAAGUAGCUAAGAAUGCUCUGUUUGUGUAAAAGCGUUUUCAAACAAAGAGCUGAGGAGCCUCACUGAGUUUCCUUAUACAUUAGUAAAUAGUUUAUUUUUUUCUUGAAGAGUAAUAAGAAGCAGUAAUUGACUUGUAGUUAAUAUCAGGGUCAUCCAAUGACGGUUUCCUCCUAAAUACACUGAAAACACUUUUUGGGCUAUCCAGAGUACUUUCAGAUAUCUAGAAAUGCAUUCUAAGCGGCGCUAUAAACUUUGUAUCUGUUCGGUCAUCCAAGGGGAACUUGAGUCUUUUUGAAAUUACGAGGGAUUCAGUAUUAUUUUCCCGAAAAUAUUAGAUACAAUUUAACGUAUUACGAAGGAGAAAACUUUUCUGAUUCCUCUUUCCAUCACAUUUUUGAAUCGGAAAAUUUGCAAAAAUUGAAAAAUAGCCUAACCUGGAGAGUGAAAUGUGAAAAAUUAAACUUCAGAAAGUCGUAAGGAAUUUAUUAUUUGAGCUUAGAAAAUUGUACAUGAAUGGAGCGGUCGUCUAGAAAUUUUUAGCUGUCUUUAAGUAGUAGAAAAUUCUAGGCAAUAUUUGCUUCUCCGAACAGAUAUUUUACAGAAAACGGUUGUUGGUUGCCCCUGUAAUAUGCUUUUAAUAAAUAAUUUUCAGAAGCAGCAAACACUAUUAAGAUGUCGAUAACCCCACGUGAUUUAAGUAGUGAACUGGAGGAUGUUGUGGAUAGAAUGUUCAGACAACAACUUGAAGUGUACUUGAAAUACAAUAAAAGGAACAAGCUUUCUACUGCCAGCGGACUGAGUGACUUCGUUAAGCAUGUAGAAGAUACUUACAACUUUACUUUAGCAUCUGUGGGUAUGGGAUCUUUGGUAAUAGAAGGUCAUUGUCCCGACCUGCAAAGUUUGGAAAGUCUGUGGAAUGAUUAUUAUUCUGGUGUCCUGAAUGAAGCUGCAGAGAGGUUUUUGGUAACUGAUGAUAUGAAGAAAGAAAUCAACUUGGUGACACUCAGAUUAAAGACUAUUAUUGAGGAAGAAAGCUAUUUGACUUGCAAGAAAGCUCUUAUGGAAAAGUCAGGUGAGUUGGUUUAGCACAAUUUUUUGGGAAAUUAUCUUUGGACAAGAAAUUGAGGUAAUUCUCUGCUAGUGCUUUAUAGCAAUGUACUCACAAGUAUACAUGUACAUGUAUUAAUAAAGCGGUUAUCUUAGAGACUUCAAUCGAGAUAAUGGAACAAUUCAAUGUAUGGAACCGUUGCCAAUCAGGCUGACCUUUCCUUGUGACGUUUUGUGUUAUGGUUUAUUGCCAUAUCCAAGUACUUAAUACAAUAGUAAAUUUGUAUAAUAACAUUGUAAACUAGAUUAUACAUUUUAACAGUGAAUUUUGCCAAACUGCUCGGCCAAUGACAUUUUGUGUAGAGGUUGGUUGCUUAUGGCAGUGGUACUUGACAGCUAGAAUGAUCAUCGUCGUAAGGUGUUUCACUGCGGGGUGGAUCUUUAACAUGAGAGCAAUAGAGAAUCUUCUGAGCUUCAAAUUACUUCCCUGAAACAGUUUGCACUAAAAGAACAGAUAAAUUAAUGAUAAUGAUUGAAACAUGUAUGUAAUCGAAAUAACAUUUAGCAUGUUAUAAAAAAAGAUGUUGUAACGUUUCAGUUCAGUAAACUAUAUUAUGACCUCAAGAGAGGUGGCUGUUAGUUGACGUUCACGUACAUGUGCAGUAAUGCAGUAAUUGUACCUGGCUGUGAGUAUUUUCUGUUAUAGUGCAUUCACAAAAGAUAAAUUCAAUGCGUAUUUUCGUUAUUUUAUUCCGUGUUAGCAAUCAGCCGUAGCGUGUCACCUUCCACUGAAUCAGAUCAAGAAGUAGCUUCACCAACUGACACAAGCCCAGAUGAUUCUGAG